AAUCGUGUGCCAGAUAUUCAUUACGUUACUUGGUUGUUGGCGCGAAAAUGAUCACAUGGUGUUUUUUCGCGCGAAACUUUACCAGUCCGCUAGCAACAGGGUAAGGGAGAACGUGUCGGCAAUAUUACAUUAAAGCAGUUUUUAAGGAAUUAAAACAACAUGGAUCUCGUCGAACCCGCGCUGGAAAAUCCAGGACAGAUGGUGAAGGAUGAGUUGGCGGAAAAAUGCCAAAAAUUGUUCCAGGCAUUUCUGGAAGAAUACCAGAAUGGCGACGGCGAACUGAAGUAUCUGCGCGAUGCGGAGGAGUUGAUUCGACCGGAGAGAAACACAUUGCUCGUCAGCUUCACAGACUUGGAGGGGUUCAACCAGGAACUUGCCACUACCAUACAAGAGGAAUUCUACAGAGUUUAUCCCCAUCUGUGCCGUGCUGUGAGGAACUUUGCCAGGGAUCAUGGCAACGUUCCGGCCUCUAAAGAAUUUUAUGUGGCCAUCCAGGACCUGCCAACCAGACACAAGAUCCGUGAGCUGACCGCCCUACGCAUUGGGGCGCUGGUCCGGAUCAGUGGACAGGUUGUUCGCACCCACCCAGUCCACCCAGAGCUGGUGAGCGGAACUUUCCUCUGCCUGGACUGCCAGGGUGUGGUGAAGGAUGUGGAGCAGCAGUUCAAGUACAUGCAGCCCAGCAUCUGCAGGAAUCCUGUCUGCAACAACCGUAAGCGCUUCCUGCUGGACACCAACAAGUCAAAGUUCAUCGAUUUCCAAAAGGUGCGUAUCCAAGAGACACAGGCGGAGCUUCCACGCGGCUCCAUCCCCCGCAGCAUGGAGAUCAUCCUGAGGGCUGAGGCCGUGGAGUCCGCCCAGGCUGGCGACAAGUGCGACUUCACCGGGACACUCAUCGUUGUCCCCGAUGUCUCCCAGCUGGCAACCCCAGGUGUGCGCGCUGAGACGAGUACUCGCACGGCAGGGGCGCAGGGCUAUGAGAACGAGGGUUUGCGCGGGCUCAAGUCACUGGGUGUGCGAGAGCUGUCAUACAAGCUGGCUUUCCUGGCUUGCCAUGUGGGCCUCACCAACCCAAGGUUUGGCGGGAAGGAGAUCCGUGACGAGGAGCAGACUGCUGAAAGCAUCAAGAACCAGAUGUCCGUGAAGGAGUGGGAGAAGGUCUUUGAGAUGAGCCAGGACAAGAACCUGUACCACAACCUCUGCACCAGCCUCUUCCCUACCAUCCAUGGUAAUGAUGAGGUGAAGCGUGGCAUCCUGCUCAUGCUCUUUGGUGGGGUCCCCAAGACCACCAUGGAAGGCACGUCCCUGAGAGGAGACGUCAACGUGUGCAUUGUUGGAGACCCCAGCACAGCCAAGAGCCAGUUUCUGAAGCACGUGGAGGAGUUCAGCCCCAGGGCUGUGUACACCAGUGGAAAGGCCUCCAGUGCUGCUGGUCUGACGGCAGCAGUGGUGCGCGACGAGGAGUCCCAUGAGUUUGUGAUCGAGGCUGGAGCGCUCAUGCUGGCUGACAAUGGUGUGUGCUGCAUUGAUGAGUUUGACAAGAUGGAGACGAGGGAUCAGGUAGCCAUCCAUGAGGCCAUGGAGCAGCAGACCAUCUCCAUCACCAAAGCUGGGGUCAAGGCCACCCUAAAUGCCCGCACCUCCAUCCUGGCUGCAGCCAACCCUGUGAACGGACGCUACGACCGCUCCAAAUCCCUGAAGCAGAACGUCAACCUCUCCGCUCCCAUCAUGUCCCGCUUUGACCUCUUCUUCAUCCUAGUAGACGAUUGCAAUGAGGUGACUGAUUACGCCAUUGCCAGACGUAUAGUUGACCUCCACUCCAGAAUUGAGGAGUCCAUUGACCGUCUGUACUCCCUGGAUGAGAUCCGCAGAUAUCUGCUCUUCGCCAGGCAGUUCAAACCAAAGAUUUCCCAGGAGUCACAGGACUUCAUCGUGGAGCAGUACAAGAGACUGCGGCAGCGCGACGGCUCGGGCGUCACCAAGUCUGCGUGGCGAAUCACCGUGCGCCAGCUGGAGAGCAUGAUCCGCCUGUCAGAGGCCAUGGCACGCAUGCACUGCUGCGAUGAGGUUCAGCCAAAGCACGUGAAGGAGGCCUUCAGGCUGCUGAACAAGUCCGUCAUCAGGGUGGAGACUCCUGACGUCAACCUGGAGCAGGAGGAGGAGGCUGCCAUGGAAGAGGAAGAUGGUGACCAGAUUAAUGGAGAUGUACCUAAUGGAGGUAUUAAUGGCCAUGUCAACGGCCAGGUAAAUGGCCGGGCUGAUGCAGAGAAGCAGUCUGCAGCCAAGCCUGCCAUGCGCCUCUCCUUUGCUGAGUACCGCCGCAUCUCCAACUUGAUGGUGUUGCACCUGCGCCAUGCAGAGGAAGAGGAAGAUGAAGCUGCACUGAAGAAGAGUGCAGUGGUGAACUGGUACCUGAAGGAGAUAGAGUCCGAUAUCGACUCGGAGGAGGAGCUCAUCAGCAAGAAAGCCCUCGUAGAGAAGGUCCUCCACCGACUGGUGCACUAUGACUACAUCCUGAUUGAGCUGUCACAGUCCGGUCUGAAGGGCUCCUCGGAGCCUAGUGUCACGGAGACUCAAGAGGAUGAAGUGGUGCUGGUAGUCAACCCCAACUACACGCUGGAGGAUUAGAUCUUUGCUUUGGGAACAUUUUAAAAUUUGUGGUGUGAAUCCAGUGGGUCAUUCCAUGAAGACCAUCCAAGUCUUGAAUGUGAUUUCAAAACGGUCAUCACGGCUUGGGAUUGUUGCAUGCACAUUGUUUUGAAAAACAUGUAACAUGUACAAAUGUCAUUUUUUUUUUUUUAUUGUGUUUUGAAAUGAAAUUUUACUUUUCUUCUUGGUGAGUUGGAGGAUGGCUCUCUUAAAGGGAUACUUUCUAAAGUAGCAAGCCGAUUAUUUGUAAAUAUGUUGCUUUGAUUUCUACAAAGCAUUUGAACCUGGUUUAUUGGACCCUUUUUUUAGCCUUGUAAUGCUUUCAUGUUGCUCUUAUCAUGUUAUGUUCAUGUAGCUCCUGUGAGACAAUAUGCUUUUAAAAUAAAUAUUGAUCUUUGUUCUUCAAA